AUGCUUCUUAUUCGAUCUCCAACAUUAACAUUUGCGUUUAUAUAUUUCAUAUUUUCAAUUGUUUUAAUGAUCUUAACAUUUACUCUUAUUGAACAUGAACAUUCACAAAAUGCUCUACAACUUUUGAUAAUAUGUCCACCAUUAAAUUGUGUAUUUCUAUUUCUAUUUUCUGUUAUAUGGAUUGAACGUCGUUUUCGUUUAUCGUAUAUUCCAUUUAUAUGUUUAUUAAUUUUAAUGUCUUCAUCUAUAACAUUAACAAUAGUAUCAAGUUUAUUUUUUUCAUUAUCAACAAUAAUAUAUUUAAAUUUUAUUUAUUAUUGUUUUUUUUCAAUUUUAUUUUUAACAAUAAUUAUUAUAAUUAUUAUAUCAUAUUCAUAUGGUGCAUUAUUCAUACAUCGUUAUCGUAAUAUGAUGACCAUAGAACAACAAAAUAAUGAAAUAUUAAAAAAUGCUGAUCAUCUUCAAAUAGAUAAACUUGUAUUAAAAUCAACUAAUAAUGAUGAAUUAGUCUUAUUUAUGUCAAAAUUACCUGGUCGUCGUAUUCGUCAUGAUAUACGUAAUAUAGAAGAUGAUUUAAAUCAAAUUCAAGUUCAUACAAUAAUAACAUUAAAUGAAGCAAAAGAAUUAUCAUUUAUGAAUAUGACAAAUAAAAAUAUCUAUAAUAUGGAUACAUAUUCAAUGCAUAUAAAACGAGCUAAUAUUCAACAUAUUAUUUAUCCAAUACGUGAUCGUUUUAUACCAAAAUCCAUAAGUGAUUAUAUACAAUUUAUAUACAGUAUUAUAAUAAAUGCAAAUCAUUUGAAUCAUAAUCAUAUCCUUGUACAUUGUAUGGGUGGAAUGGGACGAACUGGAAUGACAAUCGUAUGUUUAGAACUUGUCUAUGAAUAUAUUAUGAAAAAUAAUGAUGAACAAGAAAAAACUCAAAAAUUUAUAGAACGUUUUUGUCAUUAUCCAUUUUUACUGACAAAUUAUUGUCGAGUAUGUCAUGCUAUUUCAAAUGUAAGAAAAGCACGACGAGGAACAAUUCAUAAUCCAUUACAAAUUAUUUUUGUUCAUGAGUUUUAUGCUCGUUUAAAAUCUUCUUCAUAUAUGCGUCAAAUCAAAAAAAUUCUCGAACGUAAUGAAAAUCUUCUAUCCAACAAUCAAGAUGAAUAA